UCAUGACAGAAUGUUUUGAGGACAGUGGAUUUUCUCUUUGGUUGAAAACCUUUUGCGAUACUUUUAGCACUUUGCCAGAUGGCCAAAAGAAUUCCACAAUUGAAGGUAUUAUAGAUUCUUGCGGACCCGAACAGCUACGGUUUCUGUCCACGAAACUCGAAACACUCGUGAAAAGAGAUUAUCUGAAAUGUUUACCUCUGGAGUUGAGUUUUCACGUGUUGAAAUGGCUGGACCCUGUGUCCUUGUGCAAAUGCUGUCUUGUAAGUAAGAAAUGGAAUAAAGUAAUUUUAAGCUGCGAUGAUGUUUGGCAAAACGCUUGUAAGCAGCUUGGAAUGGAAGUCAAAGAAGAUAACUUGGAUUUUGAAAGAAACUCUACCACCACGUGGAAACAGGUUUAUAUCUCACAUUUUCAGAAUAUGAAAACGUUGAAAAAUGAAAGUGCAGUGGUAAAGAAACAGCUGUAUGGUCACACAGCCAGAGUGUUUGCACUAUAUUAUCGCGGAAAUUAUCUUGCAACAGGAUCAGAUGAUCGAUCAGUCAGGUUGUGGGACUUAAAGACAGGACAGUGUACAUAUGUCUUGAAGGCCCAUACAUGUGCAGAUGUUUGUUUUGAUGAUGAUAAGGUCAUCACUGCAUCAUUUGACAACACUAUAGGGAUGUGGGACUGGAAAACAGGAGAGAGGUUACAAUGCUUCAGAGGACAUACUGCUGCAGUGUUCUCAGUUGAUUACAGUGAUGAGCUGGACACUGUUGUGAGUGGUUCAGCUGACUGUACCCUUCGAAUUUGGAAAAUGUCAUCUGGACAAUGCCUGCAGACCAGAUAUGGUCACUCAGACUGGGUGAUCAAGGUGAUCCUCGUUAGAAGUGAAGUAGAUUCGCCCACUCACAGAAAAAAUCAAUAUGUAGUGUUCAGUAUGGACAAACGAAACAUCAAGAUCUGGUCUCUCGAUCGUAACUGCAAUAAAUGCUUGGCAACAUUAAGCCCUGGCACGGAUUCCAGCUUCAACUUACAGCCUCGUCUUCAGUGUGAUGGAGAAAAAAUUGUGUGUGCUUCCGAGAGAGCGAUUCUUCUUUGGGAUUUUAAAACUUUGCAAAUGAUGAGAAUCUUCACAACAUUGCCUGCUAAUUGGCUCGUUGCCUAUGGGCAGGUUUAUAGUCUUGUUAUGGACAUGAACUUCCUUUAUAUAGUUUGCACUAAAAGCGAAGAAAUCGUGGCGGAAUAUCCCUUACCUGCCUUCCGAAGAUCCUUACGCGGGUCGAAUUUUACGCCGGGUGAAAUUUUUUGGCUAGACGGACUGGUCACCAGACCUCAGGGAGGCCUCCUGUUCGCUUCAAGCAUGCCUGACUACAGUGUCUCACUGCUCAUGCUCAGAGAUGGCACUUGACAAAGUUUUCAACCAAUCUCAGACUUGCGCCAGUCUUCUUCUAAGACCACCAGUCACUUGUCUUCUAGUCUCCACUCUCGCUUCUGAUAAAAUCCCCUGGUGGUGAAAAUGAAUUAACGCAUUGAAUAAAGCUUCAAAUAAAUGUC